AUGGAGCUACAGUAUAGUGACUACAUACCAAGAGCUUGUGUUACUAUAGUAACUGUGCCUUGCAGGUGGUCAGUCCCCAUGAUGAUGUCAAUCACUCACAGAGGAACAGGAAUCGGGCUCAGUGCAGGUAUUUCCGCUUUUGCGGCAGCGGCGCUGGUGUUGCCGGGCAGUUUUCCCUACUACCUGGACCUGGUCCACUCGCUGUCUUUCGGUCCAGCCCUCAUCACUGCUGGAAAAUUUGCUUUGUCUUUCCCAGUGGCUUAUCAUACUUUCAACGGUAUUCGUCACCUGGUAAGAACACACAACAACCACCUCCAACCACCUGUGGCCACUUAUUAUUGAUUUUAUUGAUAUACACUAA